AUGUGCGUCAGUUGGGCGGCUCUACCCAUUUUGGUGCAUUUCGUAACAAGAAAGUUGAUUUCUACUGCCUUCCAUGCGAAUAUUAAGGUAUUCAACUUUAUUUUAUAGUAUUUAGAAGUUCAAUAUUUCAGAUUCUAUUGGUGUCAUAUUUCGGCAACGCGAUAUUAUGUACAACUUUUCAGUGUUUUAUGUUUGUAAGUUUCUUGAUUAAAAAUAUUGAAAUUACACAGUUUUGCUAACAAGGGAGGCCAUUAUACUUUGGGGUUGGGAAUUUCCUAAAAAAAGAAAAGUUCCUUAAUGUACCUAGUAUGAAGUCUAAAAGUUUCAACUUGCUCAGCUUCCUAGAUUUCGAGAAAUAAUGUCUCAAAAUGGCCUGUUUUCUCGGAUUUUUAUGAUUUCCUUUGACCUUAAAGUUUCUUUUCUGGACAACUAAAAAUUCGUGCAGGCUGGAAUUUUCAGAAUCUUCAUCAGGUACAUCAAGGAGCAUUCUGGCUAGUUUUCCGAAAAAUCCCAACCGCAAAGUUAAAUUACCCUUCUACUGGGAGCUUCUUGAACUAAAUACCUUAGAAUUCCUUGUAACUUCCUCAAAACAAGCUUGCACAAAAAGACACCAAAAAGUGACCAAUUUGGGCAUUCCAGACAAUGUUUUUUUCUGACAGAUCAUUUCAGACCUACGCGUCACUUAUCCCAUUCAUUGUCACGGAUCCAUGCGAGCUCCUAAUCCCACGAACUUUAUUCAUUAUCAUCCACGUACCUCUUCUCUACGGUGUUUUCGGGUCUUCAUUCAUUAUGAUCGGGAUGAUGAUCGAAAGGAUUGUCGCCUUGGUUUAUCAUAGGGAUUACGAGAGUUGGAGGACCUUACUGGGUCCUUUUUUGGCUGCUGCAGCGGUGGGUUUUUAUUUUGGAAAAAAAGCAUGUGCGCGCCAUGGAUAAAAAUGUCACUUUUCUCGAGAAAUCCUUGAAAAAAGCCGUUUAAAAUAAGUUUUUUUGACUACGCCCCGCCCAUAUUUAGUCCGUAAAGUGUAUUGCGUCGUGUGUUUACACUGCAAUUUUCGGAAUUCAGUUAAAUUUUUCUUUCUCUGGCGGCUAUUUUGAACUUCGCGGAAUCACUUUGAAAACCAAAAUUGAAAAAAAAAGAGAAAUCGAUUCGUCUCAUGACCCAUUGAACAUGCGCCUUUAAUAUCCCCUGUUGUUUACGCUGGUUUUUCAUGACGUCACAUGGGAACGGCGGUGGUUAUGACUCCGCCCCCUUCAUUUUUGGUUUUGCAUUUUCUUCAAGUAUCAAAAACGCCGUGAUAAAAAGUUAUGCGCUAUCAAGAGAUUUCGACCAAAAAAAUUCAAAAAAGCUUGGCUGGAAAUACAAAGACUUUGUUUGCUCUAUGGACAAAAAAUAUUUUUUUUGGAAAAAAAUGGAAAAAGGGAUGAUCCAAGAACGAAAACCUAUUUACAGACUUCCUGUGGAAUAUUAAUAACUGUUUAUCCCUAUCACAACGAACAAUUCACUGCAAAGCAAGUUUCCUUCAUUGCCACGCCGGGUUCGGCAGCAGAAAAGGUUUUUUUUCGAAUAUUUUUGGUCGCACUUGGAAUGGCUCGAUAGGAUCCCUUAGUGAGAACCGUCCAGACCAUUCCAAAUGUGGCCAAAGAGUUCUCUGUUCAAAUUAAAUUUAUUUUGAUUCAGAUAAAUAUAAUCUUCAUACUCAGUGUCUGUGUGGGUGUCGUCAGUUUGAUUGGGAACUUGUUUUUAUUUUUCGCAACUCGGAAAUUUGAGAAAGAGUGAGAUUUUCUUCAUUAAACAAGUCCCGUAAAAAAACUUUGCCUAAAAAAUCACAUUUUUUGAAAUUAAACGCAGAUUUUUUUCUACAUGUAACAAGCAACGUUCCAGCAGAUUAAGCCCAAAAAUUUAAUUCAAAGUAAACAUAGUUUCAGUUUAAAAAAAUAAACAUAAACAGUGAAAAAAAUAACUUACGAAAAAAACCGCCAAAGUUUUCGAAUCGAAAAAUCCAAUCCUUGAUGGAAACUUGAUGAUAUCAUAGUCAUCAACCUCUUCAUUUUGCUUUCCCUUGAUUCCUGAAAAAAAUAUAACUUGAUUUCAACGCUAUAUCUCUUUCUCAAAAAUGCUAUAAGAACUGAAAAAAACUAAUAUUCAAUGAUUUUAUACUUUCAAUAAAUUCAGAAGGAAUUUUCGUUGAAAAAUCUCAACUCUUUUACUCAAAACGAGCUUUUAUGCUGCAAAAACCAAUGGAGCUUUUUAAAAAUACUACCUUGAGAAACUUAAAACAGAAAAUAACUGAAAAAACCACAUUGAAAAAUAGCGAAAAAGAAAAAUAAAAAAACGAAGUGAAUAAAAAAAUAAAUUAUGUUGAUCGAACUCUGGGUCUCGAGCGGAGACACUGCAAUUUGGCAGAGCAACUUGCGCCUUUAAUAAGGAAAUCGCUUGUUCUCAGGCACUGGCGCGCGAGAGCGCGCUCCUGUUGCAGGGACGACCGGGGGUCUGGCGGGGACGACCGGGUUGUCACUCGAAUUUAAGGCCUUCGCUUCAAAGAAGCGAACAAAAAAACGCAUAAUUUUAUGUGAAAAAAAGAGGUUUAUUUUUUUGGAGUUCUAUCCCUGAUCACACAGAAAUGGUUUCCAAACACAAUUAAAGUUUUUUUAAAUAGGUUCAGGAUGAGUUAUGCUGGAAAUCGAGUUAGAAUUUUUGUGGCUGUAGGUUUUCAAAUGCGGAAUUAACCGCAUUCUGUCAAACAAUUAAUAUAUGAUUCUCCGUUCUUGUUUUAUUUCCCAUAUUUGUGGAAAAAAUCAUGAUUAAAUCAAACAAAAAAACAACUUCAAUUUUAAUUCUCAAAAAUAGUUGAAGUUUUAAUCAUUAGGAUUUAUAUGUAUGCAUCAGGCUGUGAGGCCUGAUCCGGGCCAGGCUUGUGCGUCAGACCGGGCUUCGGGCCUUUUUGAUAAAAGCCUGCAGGGGUUUAAAAAAAUUUUUAAUUUCAAUAAAAAAACAUUUUAACCGUUUUGCUUUUAAGCCUUCCUGCGUCCGGGCCGUGCUUAGAUAAUGGUCGGGGGCCGAUAGGCUGACUUUUUUACUUGCUUCUGUUUUUUAUUGGGAUCUGAGUCAAAAAAUAACCGAAAGCGUGAUUUUUUUCUAAUAGAUAAGUCCGACAUUCGAGUUGCAGAAAAUUUGCGCCUUUUGGGCCGGGCCGACCGAUUUUGCUCGAGGCCCGCUAAGACCUGGUCUGGCUCAGAAAAUGGCCGGGGUCGUUGGACUGACGUGCUGGCCCUCGCACAAGCUAGCGAGUAGUCUAUUGAAGGGUCUGAAGCCUAACGAUAGUAUUACGAGAAGACUUUACAAAAUUCCACACCAUAUCGAAAGAUAAAAUUUUGCACAGAUAGCCAUUUGCGAAUUCGCUUUCCAGCAGGGUUGUACGAGAUGUGCUUUUUUGUAAUCAAGGCGAGACAAAGUUCCUAUAAUUUUUCGAGAGGAGACAUAUCCCACUGCACAUUUCCCACUGUCUGCCACGACAUGAUGGAAAUCGGUCGAUUCGGUUGGUUCGGUUUUUUCAGAGCGGCCAUUAUUUUGAAAUAUUUCAAGUUUUACUUCAGCUCAAAACUGUUUGAGUCUCUAAAAUGCGUAUAGUUCUUGAUUUUUGGUUAGUUUGAAUAUCAAAAAAAUCAAAUAUAAACUGCCCGAAAGUGGAGAUUUUUGUGUUUUUUUAAAGUUUGAGUAAACUUCAAAACAAGCUUUUUUUACUGACUUGAAAACCGAAAUAUAGGAUAUUAAAAAAAUAAGUUUUAUUAAUAUGUGAGAGCACUUCAGGCGAAAAAUAGAAAUUUUUAGAAAAAGGGAGUUUCUGAAAUUUUAACGACCAUAUUUUUCGAAAAAGCAGGUUUCGCAAGAUUUCAUUUUAUGAGUUAUUUUACUUGAACCAUUAACACAUCAAUGAACGCCAAAAAAAGGUCUAAAAGUUUGGAAAUUUGACAGAAUAGCCCUUACAAAAAAACCGACCGAACCGACCAAUUUUUCAAACACGCCGUCUGCAACGGCGCGCGAACGUGUUGGUGGACUGACAACCCGGUCGUCCCCGCAUGGAAGCGCCGGUCUUCCCCGCCCAGUGCCUGAGUUUUUGCAAUAUUUGUUGUUUUUAAAUUUUAAAGCGUUUUUAACGUUCUGUAAGCGUGUUGGAUAGGCUCAGAUCAGUAAUUUGUUGGAGAGGUGUACAGUUUGGGGAGUGAAUUUUGAACUUUAAUUUAGCCAAAAACCUGAAAAAAAUCCCUACUUCAAAAACCGUCCGCAUAUUUUAACUUUCAUUGGUUUGAAACUUGAGAUUUCAUGGCCUUUUUUUCUCGUCAGGACUUGUUCUAGGAAUUUUUCUUAAUUCGAAAAAUUUGAAAAAUCUCUUCAUUUUUCAGAUGGCGAGAACGGCAAACCCCUGUCCUCACGCUAUCAAAUGUCGGAAAACGUCCGGACGACCAAAUUCACGGUGGUCAUCUCCUUGAUUCACGUCAUCGUCUACCUGAUUUACCUGUCCGGAACUCUUACCACACGUCUUCAUAAGGACUCUUUUGCCACUCCGGUCGAUUUCCAGGCCUUUCGAGGCGUUUUCUUUGUGGGUCCGAUUUUUUUGUUGUACAGUUGUUAUAAAAAUUUAUGAAUUUAGGGACAAGUUGAGUGAAUUUUAUUAAUUUCUUUUUGGUUACUUAGGAACUUUAUACUGAUCCCUAUAGGGUCUGACCCCUUUGCCCUUAAAGCUUAAGUGGUCCCUAUAGGGUUCGUUUGAUUUUUUUGAAAACAGGUUUAUUUUUUUCAUUUUUUUCGCGUAGAGCUCAUGCCGUGUUCAAAGUAAUUUCCGCGAAAUGCAAAACGGUCUCUGACCCUCCAAAAUUUAGUUAUCUUUCUCUUUCUCUGACAGCUAUUUUGAAUUUCGCGGAAUCACUUUGAACACGGCAUCAUAAAAAUUAUCGACUAGCAUUUCCCCUACAAAAGCCACUAACUAAAACCCCUUAGGGACCACUUUUGCAAGCUUUAAUGACCCCUAUAGGGUUGGUAAAGUACUCCCUACAGAAGACCCUGAGGUUGUCCCUAUAGUGGCCACUCUGGAGUUGCUAAGUAGUUUGAUCCAAAAUCUCUUCGAUGAGAGUCUAAUUCUGAUUUUUACAAGCCUCUUAAAGCUUUUUGUGGUUCUAAUAGUCAAAAUUGGUGUUUUCCUAUCAUUCCAAGCAUUUUUCGAACAACCGAAAACUUGCAGUUCGUGCCAGAUAUGUUCCUGUUCAUGGGAUGCAUGGCCCAGAGGCUUCUGGACAGUAUGCGGAUGGCCGAAACGAAGAGAAUCCGAACCUCCGUCGCGAUCCGAUUCAACGGCGUCGAAGGCGCCAACAACUACUUCCAAGCCAUUCAGAAGCAGUGGAACUCCAUUGAUUCUUGA